AUAGCAACAACCAAUGUUGUAGAUACAAGACACUUUCUCCUAGCUCUGGAACUUAGAAUAAUUAAUUUGUUUGGCAUUAGAAACAUGGACUCAUGGGACCACCGUCCGUCUUUAAAUGAACUACAGGACAAAAUUCGUUGUUUGACAGAUGAAAAUGUCCAGCUCCGUGACAAAAAUGAAAGCCUCUUUACCAAACUGGGCUACCUUGAGAGCAGGUUGGGCUAUCUUGCAGGCUCCAAGACUGACCUAUCUUCCAAACUGGUCUCAAGUGAAGAGGAAAAACUGAAGAUAUCUAAGGAGCUUGUCGAGGUACAUAUACAGACCAACAAAGUGAGGGAGCAGUAUGAAAAGGACAUUUUUGACCUGAAAAUAAAGAUCCUAUCCCAGGAAGGGGUGGUGGUGGAGAUGGAGAUGGAGAGGGACAGGCUCUCCAUGGAGCUCCAGUCUGUCACCACCCGCCUACAGGUGGCAGAGAGGACAGGAAGUGACCUCACAGAGGAAUACGUGACCCUGAAGAGGAACUACCUGGCUCUGACCGAGGCCCACGAUAGGGAGGUGGUCCAGAAUGACGAGCUGAGCGCUGAGCUGCUAGGGCUGGCCCAGGCUCGUGAUGCCCUCUUCAGGCAGACGGAGGAACAGCAGCAGCGUGUUAGGGCCUCUACAGAGGGUUGUGUCAAUGGACAGACUGCUCAGGAGCUGGACAGGGUGCGGGCGCUGGUCAGCCGUAUGUCUCACAAUAGAAUAAUGCCAGAGGACCUGGCUAUGUUGGACCAAGAACGUAAAUCUAUGGAGAAGAGUCUGCUUGGGAACCAGGAUGUGAUCAAAGACAUGCUGGAGCAGAUGAAGAAGAGCUAUGAAGAGCAGCAGCACAGACUGGAGGAGAAAGUGGUGGCGAUGGGCAAGGAGCAACAAGAGACCAAGAGAGCCAUCCGCAAUACCCAGCAGAAACUAGCCGAACAGAGUGCGGCCAUGUUGAGCUCUCAGUGCCAGCUGAAGGAGGUGGAGGAAGAGAACUCUAAGCUACAGAUGCAGGUGAAGGAACUGAAUGAGGAGUACCGUGCCAGACUGGUGCGCUACCUACAGGACCUAGCUGAGUAUGUGGAUGGUCUGGUGGAGGGGAAGGGGGUGAAGGGCCCCCCAGAGAGGGUGAAGAUGAGGGGCUUUGUGGACAGCAUGCUCCAAGAGGUGCGCUCCUCCUACAGGGCCAGAGAGGAGCAGCUAGCCUCUGCCGCACGCUCCUACAAGAAGAGACUGCAGAGGCUCACUAAGAUCCACCAAGCCCUGCUUAUCGCAUACAGGGUGCAGAGGGAACAGGUCCUGUCCCAGCCAGAGAAUGGCCUGGACCCCGGCCCCCCUGAGGCCCACUUCAGCCUGGAGCCCAGUGAGCUGAGGGGAGAGACGGACAGGGAGCUCCAGCUCCUACGCCAGGACAAGGCCAGGCUGGAGGGCCAGCUCCGAGAGGCUCAGGAGCAGGUGGCUGUCGUAACUAGACCUAUUCAAACAGUCAACUUUCAGGAUUUUGGAAAAUCAGGGCAGAUAUCUGAAGAGGCCUGGGCCGACAUUAGGAAAGAGUUACGGGAGAUCACAAACUCUACUCAAGAGGGCCAUGAGAGGGAGCGUGCCCAGCUCAUCACCAGGGCUACAGUUGCCGAGGAGCAGGUGUUAGAGCUGCAGGAGUAUCUUGACAAGCACCUGGGCAGGUACAAGCAGGAGAUCACGCGGCUACGUAGACUGCUGGGUCUGGAGACGGGGCUUGCCCACAGCGCUGAGGCUCCCAAACCCUGUCAAUCCGUCUCUACAUCAGGAAUCCACGCUAUGAAAUAUAAUCUUCCACCCCCCUAAAAAACAAAACAACACAUGAACCCUUGCUUUGGUAUCUAACCAUAUAUAUGAAAUCUGUUUUGGCUACAAUUACAUAAUAAUGGACUCCAUGGAAAGGCAUUUGUUUCAAUAUUGCUUUUUAUUAUCAUUUAUAAAAUAACAGUUCAUCACUUCAUUGACAUGACUGUAAUAUUGUAUUUAUCCUUUAUAAAAGGUUUACAAACAACUGAUACUCAUUUAGGUCAGAGCUUAAAAAUGUUUUUACUUUACUAUCGUAUUGUAACAUGACACAGUUAUCUUGCCAUGUAGAAAUA